CUACAAAAGCAUCCUUUAUGGGUGGUUUCAAAUAUGUUGUCCUAUACCUAUCAUCUUUUAUUUUGAAUUCCUAACCCUUCAACAUAGUUCCUCAAUUCAAAUGGCUUCACCCCAAAAAAGACUAGGAGAAUUUCUUAAUGAGCAUCAAGAACCUUUCAUGCUAGAGCUAUACCUUGUAGAAAGAGGAUACUUAAAUGAAGAUUCAUUCAAAAAGAGAAAGAAAAAGGUUUUAUUACCAUUUUCCAAAUUUCUAGCACCUAUAGUUAACAAGCUAGUUUUUCAUAGCCAAGGUAGAGACAAUGGUCAAAGAAAAAAACAUGCAAGUUGCAAUGUUCAAAUUUCAUCAGCUAGUAGCAACUCUACUAUGUUCAACUCAUGCUCAAAUGUUGAUGAAGAAGGAACUUCAAUAUCAUCACAUAAAGAUCACCAAUUAUGUUCUUCCCAUAUUCAUCAAGCUUGCAAAGAAUGCAACAUGAGAUGGGAGAGACAGAGAUGCAUAGAGGGAAAGAUACCUCUAGAAAGUGAUUCCAAUGAUUGAAGAGUAGCGGCUUAUUUACCUUGGUGAGGAUAGCUCGUAGAGUUAAUCCAGUCGUGUCGGUCAUGCUCUGGUCUUGUAACACUAGGGAACGUUAGACUUAGACUUUGUAAUUAUCAAGUGAUGUGACUUGUUUGUUUGUAUGGUGCACCCAACCAAGUGCAACAAAUAUGUUUAAGCCAUAAACUAAAACAUGACCUCCAUGACAAGUUGUUGUUAGACUUCUCAAACCAAGCAAGUAGAAAAUAAAAGCUUGUAUUUUUUGGUAAUCUCACCAUAAGCUACCUUCCUAGAGUCACCUUCAAAUGUACAUGGAUGGUUAUGAAUGCAAGCUUAUGACUCAACAAUAGAGAGGUAUAUAACUCCCUAGCAAGCAAAAUAAAAAUACAACAACAAUAGAGAGGUAUAUAACUCCCUAGCAAGCAAAAUAAAAAUACAACAAAGUUGAGACGUUGUCUAUUGUGAUUGUCAUCUCUCAAUAUGAUAGGUGAAAAUAGAUGGUCUCUUUGUUCCACCUUUCCACGAAUGCGCAAAUCAAAGCACUAUCAUACAUUAAGUAGAGAACACCCCACUAGAGAUAUGAGAUAUGCAUCAUGUGUUGGGGGUUGAUUGGAAAUAUACAUGUUUGAAGAAGUCUCGCAUCGCUUAGUUUUGUGAAGGAAGAUGGAAUCUAAGGCUAUAUAAAGGAUUCAAGUUUUUCGUUACAAGAUGCAUCAGUCAAAAACACUUUAAAUUUAUAUUUGACUUUCUUUAUUCUCUUAUAUUCUUGUAUUAGAGUGUUUUGAGAUGUAGUUAAAUAUUUGUUUUGGAGGGUGUGGGUGUACUGGUGGCCUGGGGUAUUUGAAGGUAUAUUAUGCGUUGUAACAAUUUUCAC